AAUGAGAGACUCACUUAUCGUUUCAUUCGUUGAGUUUUAAAUUGAAUUCAAUUGUGUUUUUUGGACAUCAAUUGUGACAACAAUUCAAUGAUUUUGUCUUUCAUUUCAAAACACAUUUAAAGAGAUUUGAAUACAAAAACCAAACGUCAACUCAAAUGGAGUCGUCGACCAAUCGGUUCGCAGACCCGGAGGACGAGCCCAUCGACGGCACGGAUGUGACACAACUGAUGGCCAACUGUGAGAAAUGGUCGCUCAAGAAUGACUUGGAGCUUUUAUCGCAUUUAAAACAAUUGAGUAAUCAUUUUGUGACCAAAACUGAAGCCACGAAUCAGUCAAUCAAUUCUCUAGUCUUUGAAGCAAAGAUGAAUGGCGUGAAAGUGGAUAACGUUAUCAAUGAGUUGCAAAUGUUAGCCAACAGUCAGUUCGUCGAGAAUAGGGUUUACGACGAAGAGAUGGACGACAUUAUGCCUAAUGAGGCGAAUGGACGCCAAAGUGUGGAAAUGGUGGCCACGAAGAGCAAAGAGGAGGACAUUUUGCCCAAAAUUAAGAGCGCGUUAAACAUUGGUUUAGAGUUUUUAGGCCAACGGUUUGAUUGUGUCUCAAAACAAGUGCCACAAAACGAUUCCGACGAUGAAAACGAUCAAAUAGUCGAAGGACUCAUCUCUGACACCACUAGAGAUGAAUACUCGCAGAGACUUCUCCCGUAUAUCAUUGGCAGCGAAGACUUUAUUAAUGAUAAUAACGUAGGACUGAGUCGUGCCUACGAGACGGCAAACACUGAUCUCAAGAUUGAACCCGAAAACGACACCUUAAGUGUUGACUCAGAUGUGGAAGCGUUUGACUUCCAGAACGCUAUUCCCGACAAAAAUAUUUUUAAUGAUCACAUGAGUGACAGCGACGACGACUCGAAAGACAUUUUUGGUUCCGUUCCGACUGUUCCCGCCAUUCCUCCUAAGAGUGUGACAAAUAAUGAAAGGGACGCUUCGAGUGAUGAAAGCGAUUUCGAUACGUUUACCACAGAAGAGCACAAUGAAGAUAUGAAAGCAACUAAAGAAGACACAAAUAAACGAGUUGUGCCAUCAUUUCAGGACGAAUUAUCGGCCGCUAUCUCUGCCAAGAAUCCAUUCAAAGAGUCGAAACACACAAAUGAUGACAAUCCUGUCACUGAACCACAGCUUAAGACUGAUUUAUUUGCAAAUGAAAAACCAAUUCAAACACCAAUUAGUUUAGAAUCCGAAAGCAGUGACGAAAGCGACUCUAUAUUUAGAGUGACUAAAAAUAAACCUAAAAUACAAACCAAACAAAAGUCUAAUUUUGACGGUUUGUUUGGCAAUCAAACGAAAGACAACUCAUUAUUUGGCCAAAAACCUGAAAAACCGUUAAUUAAUAAUAAAAUCAAAGUAUUGCCAACCAUUGGGACCGAAAGAGUGGCCACAAAUAAUUCAAGUCUUUUUGAUGAUGAAGACGACGACGACGGCGAUGACCUCUUCAGUGCUGUCGUACAUAAAAAACCAAAUAUUGAAUCCGUAGUCAAUAAAAAGGAUACAAAUUCUGGUAUUUUAGACAAAAAGAAAGUCCCGAUUAGUAAAAAGCCAGUCAUUGAGAAGAGGUCUCUGUUUUCUGAUGAUGAUAAUGAAGAAGACAUCGACGACCUCUUUAUUACUGCCGCCGAUAGCACUGAAUCUGUGAGCGAAGACAAUGAGAAGACAAAUGUGUUUAACAAACGAAUUGAAAAAUCAAUUGUUGAGAAAAAAUCAUUAUUUUCUGACGACGACGACGAGGAUGGAGACGAUCUGUUCGUUGGCGCCAUUAAUAAGAAGAUUGUCUCUUCAACUUCUACUCAGAAUAAUACGUUCGGCAAUGAGAAGCAAAAUGUUGAUAGAAAACCACUUUUUGAUGACGAAGACAUCGAUGACCUCUUUAUUAGUGCCAACGAAAAGAAGUUAAUCACUGAAAACAUUGUUAAAGAGAGUGAAAGCCCU